CAGUAAUAAUUCACCCAUCAGUAGUGAAGAAGACACACACACACUCAUCAUACUGAAACACACACACUCUAAACAUUACUGCAGUGUGUGGCUGCUGUGGGGUCUGAGUGAGUUCACUUUCUCUUUUGUUUGGACAUAAUUUCAUCGUCUGCGUCCCACUGUCCACCACAGGAUCUUCCUCCAGGAGGCUUCUUCAGCUGCGUGUCGCUGUCAGCAGUGGAUCUGGAGCUCUGGAGCUGAGUUGCAAGACCAUGUUGCGUGGAAUAAUCCUCCUGCUGUUUGUGGGGUUCUCGUCCGCAGUAGAGGACAUAUCCCUUCCUGUUGGCUCCAACUUCACCGUGUCCUGCAUUGGAGUCCCUGAUGUUGACCUGCUGUUUGCAACCUACACCUGGACCUUCUUACCCAAAGACAACCAAGACAUCAGUUCUAAAUAUGAAACUCUGGACUGGGACGAGCCAAAACUGACCUUAAGCCCGGUGGAGUUCCGACACGCCGGACACUACACAUGUGUGGCCAAGGGCCAGUCAAUAGAUGGGCUCAUCAAACUGAAGAGGAACUUUAAAUUAACGGUUCAAGAUGUUCCUGUUCAGGACAAAGUGCUGGUGGUCGCAGUGGAUGAGGACGACGUUGUGAUGAUCCCAUGCCGUCCAUUCUUGGAGACGUAUACCAACACCAGUUAUGCCAACGCCAUAUGGUCCAAAGGGGAUAGCAAACCAGAAGGCCUCACACCAGCGGAGACUACUAGCAAUGUGGAGGAUAAUGAAAAAGUGGCCAGUCGUAUUACCUGGUUUGCUGGACCUGCAGACAGUGAUUGGACCAUUUUAAUUGAUAAAGCGAAACCAAUGGAUACAGAUUUGUAUCGCUGUGAGGUCACUGUGGGGUCGGAGAAAUAUACGGUGAUAGCAGAAGUCGUUGUGGAACCUGCUCCGCCCCCUCGCUGUCUGAACCACACCCAGCCCUGGGAGCCGUGUCCUGACCCGGACAGCAGGUCCUGGAGGGCUAUAGUUAGUGAGUCUUUAACUGCAUUUUCUGCUCAUCUCUACUCAAAACUGAGGACCACCCAGGGAACCCAGAACCUGCUUAUCUCGCCCAUCAGUGUUGCCAGCCUUCUCUCUCACCUGCUGCUCGGUGCUCGAGGAGAAACGAGGGAUGAGCUAGAGAAAGCUCUUUCUCUCCCCAAAGAUUUCUCCUGCCUUCACAUGGUGAUGAAGAUGUUGAGGGAUGAGACGAAAGAGAAGCUGCUUAUAGCCAAUCAGAUGUUCUACAACCCCAAGUAUGGGCUCAGAGAAGCUUUCAUCAACCAGUCACGGGAGUUCUAUGACAUGGUGCCUGGAAUGCUAACCAAUAGCAGUGAGGAGAAUGUGAUGAUGGUCAAUAAUUGGGUGGAGGAGAAGACAAAGAGAAAAAUAACCAAACUGGUGGACUCUGUUGAACCAACAGUGGAUUUCAUCCUGCUGAAUGCCGUCUACUUUAUAGGUAAAUGGUUGAAGCCGUUUGAAGAGAACACCAAGCAAAGGGAGUUCAUGACUCUGUCAGGUGAUGUAGUGAAUGUACCCUCUCUCUACAGUUCCAAAUUCAGCCUGGCUACAACCUACAUGUCCAAUCUAAAGGCCCAGGUGGCAAAGUUCCCCCUCACCGGUGACAGCAGCCUGUACAUCCUGGUCCCGAACACAGUGUCCGAAAAGGCCCUCACAACGCUGGAGGACAACCUGAAUGAGAACAACCUGCGAGCUAUGGUGCGCGAGAUGACCGGGUUCAGACAAGAAAUGUGUGAGGUCACCCUGCCCAAGACCAAACUGUCCAUCAGCACAGAUCUGGGCAGUCUGUUGAAGAGAAUCGGUCUCUCUGGUCUAUUUAACUCUCCAAACCUAUGUGCCCUGUUUGCGGAUGAGGAGGAGCUGGUGGAUCUGACGGACAGCCGCCACCAGGCCUAUUUCUCCCUGACUGAACAGGGCGUUGAGGCGGCGGCGGCCAGCAGCAUCUCUUUAUCCCGCUCCUUCAACACCUUCAGCGCCAUGCAGCCCUUCGUCUUCAUCAUCUGGAAUGAUCAGACCGCCUGCCCACUGUUCAUGGGGAGACUUACUGACCCCAGAGAAGUUGUGGGAGAGAAAAAGAGAGAAAAAAAUAGAGAGAAGGGGAGAGGGGUACUUGACUAAUAACUGAGGGAUACUCGACUAAUAUCUGAUGGAAAAUAGCAUCAUCUAACCACAUUUAACCUUCUUUACUAAAAAGUGCGAGAGAGAAUCAGAGGGGCAGAGAGAAUCAGAGAGUCAUUUAGAAUAGAAACAGGCAAAAAGACAUUUAGCAAAAAGGAAAAAAGUACAUUCAUGCCAUAAAUCAGUAUCAUAUGAUGUACACACAUAUUCUGUAAUAAAUGUUUAAAAAAACUGA